ACCAAAUCCCUAAUUUCUCUCUCUUCAAUGGCGCCUCAGAAACUGACGGAGUACGAACGCAAGCGACUCGACAACAUUCGCCGCAACCAUGAAAUGAUCGCUGCCCUCAAAAUCCAUUCCAAAGCCACUCAACUUUCCAAGCGUUCGUCAAGUGUCGCAAACAAAUCAUACUCACUGAAAUCAGAAAAGAAGGCCAAAAUUGAAACCCCAAUCGUGAUUAGGCGUUCCCUGCGAACAAGGGGCAUUCCACCCGAUUCCAAAGCCCUUCACUCAGAUACUGUCACUCUCACUCACUCAUCCCCAACCAAAACCCUAACUUUGGGUCCUCUUUCCAUGGUUGAUGCUCAAGAUGGUACUCACUGUCAUCGCUCCUUCGUUGAAUCACUUGUGAGUAUGGCCCAAGAGGAUACCUCUCCAGAACAAUUGGUUAGUGGCAAGGGUGAAAAAAAAGGGAACAAUGAGGCUUUCCUUGACUUGGAAAGGGAAUCUUUGUCUUUGGAUCCUGAGAAUAUAGCACGGGUUGUUCCUGGAAGGAUAACGAAUGUGCGAUUUUUCCCUUCCAGUAGCGUGAAAAUGAUUAUGGCGGGUAACAAGCUUGGGAAUAUUGGGUUUUGGAAUGUUGGAGAAAGUGAUGUUUAUUUAUACCGUCCCCACCGAGCUCCCAUUUCUGGGAUCUUGGUUCAAUCACAUUCCUUGUCCAAGAUAUAUACAUCAUGUUAUGAUGGGUUUGUUCGGCUAAUGGAUGCUGAGAAGGAAAUCUUUGAUCUUGUGCUUGAUAGUGAUGAAACUAUAUAUUCUCUUUCUCAACCAACAAAUGAGGCAAACUGCCUGUAUUUUGGUGAAGGUGGUGGAGGUUUGACUGUUUGGGAUAACAGGAUUGGAAAACGUUCGUCCCAGUGGGUUUUGCAUGAAAGUAGGAUUAAUACAAUAGAUUUCAACAGCAAAAACCCUCACAUUGUCGCUACUAGUUCCUCUGAUGGAACUGCCUGUACCUGGGACUUUAGAUAUAUCGAUGGGGAUAAGCUCACAGCCUUGAGGACAUUUACCCACAAAAGAGCUGUGCAAUCUGCUUACUUCUCUCCAUCUGGGUGUAGCCUGGCAACUACAAGCAUGGACGAUACAAUUGGUAUUUACAGUGGAGUUAACUUGGAGGAUGCAGUCACUGUUGAUCAUAAUAAUCAGACUGGCAGAUGGCUUUCUUCAUUCAGAGCAAAAUGGGGUUGGGAUGACUCAUAUCUCUUCGUCGGAAAUAUGAAAAGAGGAGUUGAUGUUGUUUCGGCAGUUCGAAGGAGAAUUGUUAAGACUCUACAAAGUCCACACAUUUCUGCGAUUCCGUGCAGAUUCGAUACACACUCUCAUGAGCUUGGGAUGCUAGCAGGAGCUACUAGUGGGGGCCAGGUCUAUAUUUGGACGUCGCGCUAGGAUGUUAAUUUAAUAUGCACUUCUGUUAUGAAAUGAAACUUCCGUAGUUUCUU